UGAAGCAAUAGAGAACCCCCAACAAUUCACACUUGGUCACUUGGAGAAACUAAAAACAAAUAAGAAAUAUGUACCACUAAAGAUAUAUGCAAAGGCCAGAGGGAAAGAUAUCUGAUGAAUUUGAAGACUUUGAAGAGCUGGAUCUUGAGACCCCAAAGAAAGAGAGAAAACAUGGAAUGAAAGCAUCCACAGAAUGUUAUGAUUUGGAGCCAUCAACAUCAAAGGAAUUAGAUGGGAAAGGGUCACCACUAGGCAGUAAUGUAGAGGAACAACCACAUAGAAAAAUAAAAUUGUCUCCAAUCAUUAUUGAAAAUGAGGGUUCUGAUGAUGAUUGUAAACUCCCUAAAAUGGAAUUAUCAAGAUCAACCCAAAAGGAAAAGAGAAAACGAGACAUGAAAGCAUCCACAGAAUGUUAUGAUUUGGAGCCAUCAACAUCAAAGGAAUUAGAUGGGAAAGGGUCACCACUAGGCAGUAAUGCAGAGGAACAACCACAAAGAAAAAGAAAGUUGUCUCCAAUCAUUGUUGAAAAUGAGAUUUCUGAUGAGCUACCAGACAUUGAGGUACCCUCUCUUUCUUCAGACAUUAAUACAGAUCCUAAGUCUGAUGCUCUUUCGAAGGAGGAUGUACCGGUAUUAGAGGAUUUGCCACUAAUGGACAGUGAAGUAGCAGCAUUUUGUGAUGUCUUGGAAAAGAAGAUAAAGAGAAAGGAGAUGGCAGAUGGAAUAGCCUUGACAUUCCCAGACAAUGGAAAGAUGGUGACUGUGGUGUAUGAAAAUCAUGGGGGAAUGUCAUUUUCUAGGGCCUUUCAUCAUACAGACACAGUACAGAGUGUGUACACAUUUCUUUGUCAGAUUAUUGACCCAGAAAUUCUCCCUUCUGUAUUCCAUUUGGAAUGCAUUUCACCAACCACCUGUACAGAAAGAGAAUGCAUUCAUUGUUUUGAGCUCACAGAGUGUUUUGAAAUGCCAAUUGAUAAAUUGCCAUCAUUGUUGGUAUUGAAAGAGGGGAAUUAUCUGGUGGAUGAAACCAUGACAUUUUAUGGAACUGUGCUUUUAAAGAAAAACUAGACUGGCGGGUUCUACAUAACUGUCCGGUUUAUUUGUGUUCAUCUUUUGAUUAAACUCUUAACCAAAGUUUACUGAAAUCAGAAUGCCUGUCUAUCGUAAACAAUUUCUAUCAGAAGACUAUUCAGUAUUUUUAUGCCCCCAACCAUGAAAUGGUCAGGCAUAUAGUGUAUAUCAUUUUGUUUUCAUUCCAUCACAGUAAGCUUUUUUGUUGGGUAUACAAAUGAGUUGCUUUGUAAUAUGUGUCUUUAUUUUGCUGAUUGAGAAAUAAAGACUUGAUGGUUU